AGCUCCCUGGGACACUAAUGAUACUGACUGCAAGUGGGAAGAUGGCUUUGUCAUGGGGAAUUACAUGCACCUUGGCUCCAAUUCAUACAAGUUUUCUGAGUGCAGCAAAAGCGGGAUGAGGGAGACUCUUGAGAAACGUUUGCAAGAGGACAUACAGUUUAAGCGCGAUAACCCAUUGCAGAACAGCGACGAAAGUGAUGAACGAGGAUGCUUUGGGAAUGCUUACGAGGCCCCAUUGGAGAUCCUCGAUAAGGACUUACCUGGGACGAACGUCGACCGAAAUGUGUUCUGUAGAGCCGUCAUGCCAUUUGCGGACAAAGCCAAUAUCCACAUUUGUGACGACUGGUUCAAAAACACCAAGGAAUGGGAAACUGAAGAGUGCGUGACUCGUUGCUGCUAUGGAUGGGCCUGGACUUUGUACGAGCAAAUUCCCUAUAAAUCGUUGGACGGUUUCAAGUGUUACAUGAGCAAGAAGGUCUGCUAUGCUGGGGAAUGCGUGGACCCUGGGACGGACAUUAAUACACAUCGUUAGAGUAAGC